AUGGCGGACCCUCGUGAGUCCUCAUCGUACUCGGUCAUUCCCAGAAUUCGAUACAACACUGUUGGCGGCGUCAACGGUCCCCUCGUCAUCCUCGAUAAUGUUAAAUUCCCGCGAUACAACGAGAUCGUGACACUCACUCUUCCCGAUGGCACUGAGCGCUCUGGUCAAGUCUUGGAAGCUCGAGGUGAUCGAGCUGUCGUCCAGGUCUUUGAGGGUACUUCUGGCAUCGAUGUGAAGAAGACCAAGGUUCAGUUUACAGGCCAGAGUUUGAAAAUCGGUGUCUCUGAAGACAUGCUUGGUCGUAUCUUUGAUGGUUCCGGUCGAGCUAUUGAUAAGGGUCCCAAGGUGUUGGCUGAAGAUUAUCUUGACAUCAACGGUUCUCCUAUUAACCCUUAUUCUCGUGAAUAUCCUGAGGAGAUGAUCUCCACAGGUAUCUCUGCCAUUGACACCAUGAACUCGAUUGCCCGAGGACAAAAGAUUCCCAUUUUCUCCGCCUCCGGUCUUCCUCACAACGAAAUCGCUGCUCAGAUUUGCCGACAGGCUGGCCUUGUCCAGAAGCAAGGCAUCACUAACAAGGGCGUUCAUGACGGCCACGAGGAGAAUUUCUCGAUCGUUUUCGGUGCUAUGGGUGUCAACUUGGAAACUGCCCGUUUCUUCACCCGCGACUUUGAGGAGAACGGCAGUCUGGAGCGUGUUACACUCUUCCUGAACCUCGCCAACGAUCCUACCAUCGAACGUAUCAUUACUCCUCGUCUUGCUCUUACCACUGCCGAAUACUACGCCUAUCAACUCGAGAAGCACGUUUUGGUCAUCCUUACCGAUCUUUCUGCCUACUGUGAUGCUCUCCGAGAAGUUUCAGCCGCUCGAGAAGAAGUUCCCGGUCGCCGCGGAUACCCUGGUUACAUGUACACUGAUUUGUCCACCAUCUACGAACGAGCCGGUCGUGUUGAGGGCCGCAAUGGUUCUAUUACUCAGAUUCCCAUUCUGACCAUGCCUAACGACGACAUCACCCACCCCAUUCCUGAUCUGACAGGUUACAUUACCGAGGGUCAGGUGUUCAUUGACCGAGCUCUGGACAACCGUGGAAUCUACCCACCCAUCAAUGUUCUGCCUUCGCUGUCCCGUCUGAUGAAGUCUGCCAUCGGUGAGGGUAUGACUCGAAAGGAUCACGGUGAUGUUUCCAACCAACUGUACGCCAAGUACGCCAUUGGCCGUGAUGCCGCAGCUAUGAAGGCUGUCGUUGGUGAGGAGGCUUUGUCUGCUGAGGACAAGUUGUCCCUUGAGUUCUUGGAGAAGUUCGAGCGUCAGUUCAUCAGCCAGGGACAGUAUGAGUCUCGAUCUAUUUAUGAGUCUCUGGACCUUGCAUGGAGCCUCCUGCGUAUCUACCCUAAGGAGUUGCUCAACCGUAUUCCCGCCAAGGUUCUCAACGAGUUCUACCAGCGAGCUGCGAAGGAGUCCAAGGCCAAGGGUAAGGCUCGAGCAGAUACUGAGGCCCGAAGCCAGCAGCAGACGGAAGAGAACCUUAUUGACGCAUGA